AUGCAUCAUUCCAAUUCUUCCUCCUACCCGGGCGCUGAUCUGUGGCACAACUGCAGCUCCCUGCAGGACCUCACCCUGCCCCACACAAUGGGCAGCAACUGCCCCCCCAUCGACGGCUUUGCCACCGUGCUCUUCCCCGCCCUGUACUUCCUCCUCUUCCCUCUGGGGGUGCUGACAAAUCUGCUCAACGUGUGGGUGUGUGUGCGGCACGGCGCCCAGCCCUGGAGCAUCGCCACCAUCGGGGUGCUGUGCCUGGCCCUCUCUGACCUGGCCUUCCUGCUCUGCAUGCCCCUCUGGGGGGUCUACCUGCUGGAUGGUUACCGCUGGACCAUGGGCCGCCCGCUGUGCCUGGUCAUGAACAUCCUGUAUUACACGGGCCUCACCUCCAGCACCAUGUUCAUCUGCGCCAUCAGCUCUGACCGCUUCCUGGCCAUUGUGUUCCCUCUGCGCAGCCGAUUGAUCCGUACCCCGAGGAACGCAGCGCUCGUGUCCCUGGUGCUCUGGAGCCUCACUGGCGUCCUCGUCUACCUGAGCUUCCCCAACUUCCUGUACUGGGAGCGUCCGGACUUGGGGCAGUACUGCGGGGUGCUGCUGCUGACCCAGGUCUCUCCCUCCCAGGCCCCCUACAACCUGCUCUCCUACUACUCCGUGCAAGUGGCCAUCCCGCUGGCCAUCGUCCUGGACGCCGACCUUCGCCCCGACCGGUUCCGCCCGGCGGUCUCCCGCGGGGGAGCCCUGUCCUUGACGAGAGACACGACAGACAAGACGCAGGGUCCCUGCUACGUGACCAUCGUGGAGAGGAUGCUGCGCUCCCGCAGGCGCUGGAGAGCGGCUGGCCAAGGCGGGCCGGCCAGGGGCCGGGACAGGACUGUGCGGCUCAUCACCUUGAUCAUCACCAACUUCCUGGUGUGCUGGGUGCCGGGGCAGCUGCUGCAGGUGGUGGUCUGCGUCCUCUUCCUGACGCUGAAGACCUGUGAGAACGAAUGCCAGCUGAGCAGGAUCGCCAUGCUGCUGCUGGAGGUCUCCCAGAUGCUCUCCGUGCUCAACUCAUGCCUCGAACCGCUUAUCUUCCAGCUGCAGCAUGGGCUGGGGCUGAAGCUCAAGGCCCAGGGAGGCAGGGCUCUGGCCAGGCUGCGGAGCUGGAGGAGAGGCAGGGGGCAGAGUGGAGGACCACCACCCCCUGCCUUGGAGCUCAUCAGCGUGAUCCACACCUCCAAACACUAG